CCCAUAAACUUGUAUUUAUCUACCAUAUUGGCUAAGGGACAAGGAAACGGGGCUGAGCACAUCGACAUUUGCUGGGCUGCAACGACUCCGACUCUAUAUCUACACAGAGAUGAUGAAUUUCUUUUCGUCGACCUCACCGGGAUCGGGUAGUGUCGGUGCCAACUUCACUCGCAAAUUGUAUUUCUACGCUGAGGUGGAUUUGCCCACUGGCAAGGAGCGUUCGAUGACGAAUGAAGAACUGAUUGAAGAACUUGAGAAAUUGGUAGAGAAAGAGGAGAAGAUUGGAGAGAUUUGGUAUUACACUCAUCCACUCAACGGCGGUUGGCGACUUCUGAACAGCGUGGCGUAUCACGCCUACGUUGUUUUCAAAACGGACCAGUGGUGGUGGUCCAUCGAGAAAAACAACGAGUCCGUCAUACUCCAACGAUCGAAGAAAAUCGAAUUCGUUCGCAAUCAUUGCAUUCGAAACAAGCGUCACGAGAGCAUUUUGAACGGAGUGAUCGCCUGCACGAAGCAAAAAAAAGUGAACAGCACCGUGCAGGAAUUCAUUCAACACAUCCACACUGAAGGCUUUUUAAAUGAAGAUUAUCAUUUACUCAACAAAAACUGCCAGGAAUUUGCUGACAAAAUUUACGGCUUCUUUUGAAAUCAACAUUUCUGUCUAGGCUUUUCGAACACGUUCGAACACUGCAUUGAUUUAUUGUAUAACCUAUAUCAGUUUAGCCAGUUCUUCUUCCUCCCGCAGUUGCGUUUAUAUACCUGUAGAGAAAUGAUGAAUAUUGAAUACAAGGGAUCGAUCAUAA